GAGGAACCGCCUGCGCCUUGCGCUGCUCUUGUGCGUGGAGCGGCCGUUCCCUCCCUCCGCAGCCCCUGCGGUCGCUGGCCGGGAAACCCCGUCGAGUGGAGGAGCGGUAGCAGCGCCGUGAGGGGAAGGAGUUGGAGGCCGAGGCCGAAGACAACGACGACGACGAAGGAGGAGGAGGAGAAAGAAAAGGAGCGGAGGGAGACCGAGGAAGAGGAGGAAGGAAGGAGAGAAGAGAGGAGUCUUAGGAGGCCGCCGCCGCCGCCAUGAUGGAGGCCUAGCCGGCCCAGCGCAACGCCUGACGGGAGCCGCCGCUGCUGCCGUCGCGGAGGGCCAUGGCGGAACGAAGCGGCCUCUGAGGAGGAAGAAGCCGCCGCCUCACACGGGAGGACGCCCCUCGCGGCCCUUGUUCUCCCUCGGGGCAGCCUUCCCUCCCCGGCCGUCGCUGCCGCCGUAGUCUCGGCGCCUGCCCAUCCCCCACCCGCAUAGCGCCCCCCGUCCGUCCCUCCCCUCCCCUCCACCGCCAUGUCCUGCGUGCACUACAAGUUCUCCUCGAAGCUCAAGUAUGACACGGUCACCUUCGAUGGGCUCCACAUCUCGCUCUGCGACCUCAAGCGCCAGAUCAUGGGCCGCGAAAAGCUCAAGGCCGGCGACUGCGACCUCCAGAUCACCAACGCUCAGACCAAAGAAGAAUAUACUGAUGAUAAUGCCCUGAUUCCCAAGAACUCAUCUGUUAUUGUCAGAAGAAUUCCUAUUGGUGGAGUAAAAUGUACAAGCAAAACUUAUGUCAUAAGUCGAACUGAACCAGUGAGUGGAACUUCAAAAGCAAUUGAUGACUCUUCUGCAUCUAUUUCUCUGGCCCAGCUUACAAAGACCGCCAAUCUGGCUGAAGCCAAUGCUUCCGAAGAAGAUAAAAUUAAAGCUAUGAUGUCACAGUCUGGCCACGAAUAUGAUCCAAUCAAUUACAUGAAGAAACCCCUGGGUCCGCCUCCGCCAACAUACACUUGCUUUCGUUGUGGAAAAGCUGGCCAUUACAUAAAGAACUGCCCGACCAAUGGGGACAAAAACUUUGAGUCUGUUCCCAGGAUUAAAAAGAGCACAGGAAUUCCCCGAAGUUUCAUGAUGGAGGUGCAGGACCCUAAUACCAAGGGCGCCAUGCUCACAAACACAGGGAAAUAUGCCAUCCCGACUAUUGAUGCUGCUGCUUAUGCUAUAGGAAAGAAAGAGAAGCCCCCUUUCCUGCCAGAGGAGCCAUCGUCUUCCUCAGAAGAAGAUGACCCUAUUCCAGAUGAGCUGUUGUGUCUGAUUUGCAAAGAUAUAAUGACUGAUGCUGUGGUCAUUCCCUGCUGUGGAAACAGCUACUGUGAUGAAUGUAUCAGAACAUCGCUGCUAGAAUCGGAGGAACAUACCUGCCCAAAUUGUCAUCAGACAGAUGUUUCUCCUGAUGCGUUAAUUGCCAACAAAUUUUUACGCCAGGCUGUAAAUAACUUCAAAAACGAAACUGGCUACACAAAAAGACUUCGCAAACCGCCCCAGCCACCUAGACCAGCAGUUCAGCGGAAUGUGCCUUCAUUACCAAGGCCAACAGGUUCCAGGCAGCAGGAUCCCCUCAUGAUUCCAGCCACUUCUGCCCCUCUUCAUACACCUGCAUCCCUCACCUUGUCAUCAGCUCCUGGCCAAUCAGUAUCUUCAACAGCCACGUUGUCAGUCAGCCAUUCUGCCACCACAUCUGCUAGUGAGGUCUCUGCACCAAUGUCCCUGGCAAUUCGUGCUGACAAGCCAGAAGGACCUUUCCGUGAGGGCGAUGGUAUUGGACCAGCUGCUGCUAUAGUGACUGCCUCAGAACACUCAAAGCCGCCUUCCUCACUGUCAAUUAAUACUGUGAUGGAGGAGAAGGGCUAUCAGGUUCCUGUGCUUGGGCAGCCAGCUUUGCCAGGACAGCUGGGCUGUCAUGGGCAUUCAAUACCCACCAUGGGUCAGCCGAUGAGAACCAAUCCUGUUCGCUCUGCAGGCAAUAGGUCAGGCUGGGAGCCAAGUUCAAACCGAGGACGCCCGCAUAGUGACCGUACACAAAGGACUCAGGCCCCAACACUGCCAGCAUCAACACCAGUCUUUGUGCCCGUGCCUCCUCCUCCCCUGUAUCCUCCUCCUCCCCAUGCACUUCCUCUUCCACCGGGGGUACCUCCACCACAGUUUCCUCCUCAAUUUCCACCUGGUCAGCCUCCACCUGCUGGGUACACUGUCCCCCCUCCGGGAUACCCCCCAGCUCCAGCAAACAUAUCAACACCUUGGGUACCAACACCAGUACCAACGGCUCAUUCAAAUGCCAUCCCAACGACACAAGCACCUCCUCUCUCUAGGGAGGAGUUUUACAGAGAACAGCGGAGACUUAAAGAGGAGGAAAAGAAAAAGUCAAAGCUUGAUGAGUUUACAAAUGAUUUUGCUAAGGAACUGAUGGAAUAUAAAAAAAUCCAGAAGGAACGCAGGCGCUCUUAUUCCCGGUCCAAAUCGCCAUAUAGUGCAUCUUCAUACUCAAGAAGUUCCUAUACGUACUCCAAGUCCCGAUCUGGCUCAUCCCGUUCUCGAUCCUAUUCUCGGUCAUUCAGCCGUUCCCAUUCCCGCUCCUACUCACGAUCUCCUCCAUACCCACGGAGAGCCAGGGGGAAGAGUCGGAACUACCGUUCCAGGUCAAGAUCCCAUGGAUAUCACCGCUCGAGAUCCAGAUCACCCCCCUACAGAAGGUAUCAUUCUCGAUCGAGGUCUCCAGUUUACAGAGGCCAGUCCCCAAACAAGCGCCCUGUUCAGCAGCAGGCAGAAGGGGAAAGGGAAUACUUUGGCCGAUAUCGAGAAAUUCCACCUUACGACAUGAAAGCAUACUAUGGCAGAUCUGUGGAUAUGAGAGACCCAUUUGAGAAAGAGAGAUUCCGGGAGUGGGAGACCUACCGAGAGUGGUACGAGAAAUACUACAAGGGCUACACAGCUGGAGCCCAGCCCAGGCCUUUGCUUAACAGGGAGAACUUCUCCCCAGAGCGCUUUGGUCCUCCUGGCCCUAGGCGAGAGAAUUCCCCAUAUGUUCGGGGCCGUAGAGACGAUUACCCUGGAGGGCUGGGCCAUCGGAAUCGGAAUGUUGGUACCGGCUACUCUGAGAAGCUUCCAAGUAGAGAGGGCCAUGGCAUGAAAGAGGUGGCCAAACUGAAAGACAAGGAGGUUGAGAUCCCACCAGGAGACGGGAAGGGAAACAAACACAAGAAGCACCGCAAGAGAAGGAAGGGGGACGAGGGCGAAGGCUUCCCCAAUGCUGACCUGUUGGAAGGCUCACGGAAGCCACGGGAUCCUGCCCCUGGGGAUGAGGGCAGCAAGCCUGACCCACUCUUCAUGCUCCCAAGCAGGGAUGAUGCUACUCCUGUCCGAGAUGAGCCAAUGGAAGCAGAUUCCGUUGCCUUCAAACCCACUUCUGACAAGGAAAGGAAAGAUAAGCCAAAGGCAAAAGCCGAGAAGACAAAGCGAAAAGCAGAAGGCCCUGCCACUACCAAGAAAGAGGUGCAAGUGAAGCCAGCUAAAACACCCCAAGAGAAAGUGGAGGCAGAUCGUGAAAAAUCCCCCCGGGCAGAUCCUCCUGCGAAAAAAGCCAAGGAGGAGUUGCCAAAGGCUGAUCCUAUUAAGUCAGUGUCCUCUCAGAAAGAUGAGAAGGCACUUGGUACGCCACGCAAGGUUCAUCCCCGAAGCUCAAAAGAGCAUCCAGAAACCAGAUCAGCCAAGGAGGAGAAGGCCAAGAAAGAUCCCCCCAAGGAAGUCAAGCAGGAGAAGCAAUCGAGUAAGGAGGAGAAGUCAAAGAAACCUGUGGACAAGAACAAGCCUGUGGAUGCAAAGCCAGAGAAAAGGAAAAGGAAAGCCGAGGAAAAAGGAGACAAAGAUCACGAAACGCCGUCAUUAAAAAUGUCCAAACCUGACAUUGUAGAGUCGAAACCGUUGCCAAAGGGGAAAACUGAGCCAGAGGGUGAAAAAGCAGAGAGGACCCCUGAAAAGGACAAAGCUGUUUUGCCAGUUGCUCCUGCAAAAAAGAUUAAGCUGAACCGAGAAACUGGCAAGAAGAUUGCCAGUGUUGAAAAUGUCCCCCCAGUGAAGGAGGCUCCAGCCGAGAAGCCUGAGCCACCCCCCAGCAGCAAAGGGAAACAAGAGAAGGCGAAAGGGAAGCUGAGGAGGAAAGCCACAGCUGCCGAUGGAUCCGGUCUGACGCUGGUUGAUUACACCAGCACCAGCUCUGCUGGAGGAAGCCCUGUGAGAAAGUCAGAAGAUAAGCUGGACAUGAAGCGAACUGUCAUCAAGACCAUGGAAGAGUACAACAAUGACAUAACAGCCCCUGCCGAAGAUGUCAUUAUCAUGAUCCAAGUUCCUCAGUCCAAGUGGGAUAAAGACGAUUUUGACUCUGAGGAGGAGGAAGAGGAGGAUGUUAAAUCAGUGCAAGUUCCUUCUGCAGCUGGGAAGCCCUCAAGUGUCAUCAAGAAUGUCAGCACAAAGCCAUCCAACUCCCUCAAACACAGUGAAAAGGAUCCUGAAAGUUCACAGCCUGAGUCCAAAAACUCCAAAACAGUGUUAUUGUCCAAUGAGAAAGGGAAACUCAAAGAGAGGGAUCACACGGCAUCCGACAAAGACUCUGAGAAAAGGAAGAGUGGCACUCAACAGGAGAAGGAGCGCUCCGAACGCAGUGCUGAACAAGGCAAUGCAAAGAACUGCUCUUCUAACUCUUCCAAAGAGGCCAGGUCUUCAGAUAAACAUGAAUCUGCCCAUGGGUCUUCUGGGAAGGAUUUCACACCUAACCGGGACAAAAAGUCUGACUAUGACAGCAGCAGUAGCAGAGACUAUUCUGGUUCCAAGCGAAGAGAGGAAAGGAGCGACCUGGCACGGAAAAAGGUCUCUCCUCCUCGCAGCCGUGAUUCUGCCACCUCUGGACAAAAAAACAAGGCCAGGGAUGAGCGAACAGAGCAGCCCAAAAAGGAGGCUGGGGACUCAAAGCGAGGCAGUUACAGCCCUCCAAGGGACCGGAGGCCAAAUGACCACAAAGCUGCUUACGACUCCAGGCGUUCUGCAGAACAACACAAGUCCCAGGAGAGAAGUUCGGGCAAGGAGAGAGAGAAACGCCCGUCCUCGGAUACCACCUGGAGCAACAAGGAGAGGGUAGCAGGUGGGAACAAGUCCUUGCACCGGCGCUGCUCACCAGAGGCAAGAGAGCCAGGGACAACGGUGCCAAAUGACAAGGGCACCACCAAGCCGAAGCCUCUGCCCAGCCACUCUGCCCGCCUCUCGUCUGACCCAACGAGGGAGACCGACGAGGCAGCUUUCGUCCCAGACUACAAUGAGAGCGACAGCGACAGCAACGUCUCUACAAAGCAAGAGGACUCCCCUGGAAGAGCCACCCGGGAGGGGAAGGAUAAGGCCUCCGAGAACAGUAAGCCCAAGGAGGGAGAGGUGGGGGCAGCAGUCUUGGCCCCCCCAGCUGGUGGGAGCCAGAGCCAGAGCAGCCCCAGCAUCAGCCGCAGCCAGAGCCCUUCCGAGAGCCAAGGCCGGAGCCGCAGCAGCAGCGCCAGCUCAGCCGACAGCCAGGACAGCAAGAAGAAGCGGAAGAAGAAGGACAAGAAGAAACACAAGAAGCACAAAAAGCAUAAGAAGCACAAGAAGCACGGCGGGACAGAGUCGGAGGCAGAGCGGAGCCAAAAACACAAACACAAGAAGAAGAAGUCGAAGAAGAACAAGGAGAAGGAGAAAGGAGACGACCAAAAAGCUAAGGCGGCCCCCCUCUAGGGCAGAGGGCGGGGCAGGGGGUGGACCGACCUACAGAGGGACUGAGUCGCCUGUGUGAAAUUUUGUUAUAAUGUAAACAAAUGAGAGCCUUGUAAAUAAUGCCAUGACGGGCCCUGUGCUGCACUUACACAAUUGCUGCUUGAUUUGAUUUUUACAUCAGAGCUUUAUAAAGUGAACAUUUUGUACAGACUUGUGAGUUGUGACCAUGUGAUAUGGGGGAGGGAGGUGGGUUUUUUAUUUAAUUUUAUUUUUAUUUGGGGGGGGCUCUUUUAACCACCAUUAAAAUAGUUUGGGUGGUGUUUACUGUACUGUGAAAAAAUUCACACUUUUUUUUAAAAUUGCCUGUCAGGAAAAAGAAAAGGGCUGGUAUCGGUUCUAAAAUAUCAGCCAGAGGACUUGUGGAAUGCAUUACAGCCCUGUUCUGUUACUUUUGGAUUACAAUAAAAGAAGAAUUCAUUAAACUUUAUAAUCAAUGUGUUAGAUUUGCAGCACCAGCUUUAAUCAGGCAAGGAAGGGAAGAUGACCCUCACCUCCCCAAUGAGCUCUUCUACCCUUCAUGAGAAAUUGUCUGUCUCCGACAGAACUUAUUGGUUUAACACAGAGAAUGUUAAACUGGAGGGUGGGUGGCUAGGAAGCUCUGUGAGCAUUAAUCUUUGAAAGCAGCCAAGUUUGCUCUUCCACGUAGAGAACUUGGACUGGUAAGUGCAUCAUACUAGGAGGCUGCGUGCUUAAAGCAGCAAUCCUCAAGUCUGUGGGGGUGGGCUCCCUUUGGGGACCUGAACACGAUGUGUGACCCUUGCCAUUGGACCCAUAUUGGUCCACAUUUUGAUGCAUAGUGAGGAUGAUGGUUGGGGUAUAGUGGUUUAAAUGGAAGCUUGGCUUUCCAACCAGGCUGAUUCAAGGUUACAUGACAGCCAGCAAUAAUUGCCUCAGGCAGGAUUCCAGACUGCCACAGGGCCCCUUAGCUUGGUGAGCAACAACCCAAACCCUAUGCUCUGCUAAGCAGCCAGAGCAGGUGGCUGGGGUUCAUUCUGUGCAGCUAGCCAACAUUGGCUCCUGCCAGCAAUUUGGGAGAUUCAUUUCAGCCUUUUGUUGUCAGCACUGUCAGUUGUUAAUUCUGUCAGACUUAAGAUUUUUGGAGGCGAAAUUGUUUUUUUGAAUUUGGCGUGUUUUAUUGCCUCAAAAGGUUAAACACCAAGUAAGGAGUUCCUGUUUUUAAUAAGUAAAAUAUAUAUCCUGCAGCAUUAAAUUGCAAUGCUAGAUUUCUAAUGCCUUGAAAUUUCAGGUAAAAUCAUGGAAUGGUGCUGUCAGUUGAACAUGAAAUUUUCAUGCUCAUUUUAAAGGUGUAGAUACAGACUUGGACACUGAGUAAUUUUGCUCUGACACUUUGGAGAGUGGGUGCUGCAUUGCUCCUGCUCUCCCCAGUGGGCCAAAGAAAGUCCUAAUAUUCCUCCAUGGUGUUAGAGCAAGUAGGCAAAAAGGUACAAGCCAAUACUUGGCUGUUUCACACUAAUACUUGGCUAUGAUUCCCUCAGUUUGGCUAGCACUACACAUGGUUGCAAAGUGGUCACUGGGAGUUUCCACAAGAGGUAUUAAACAAAAGAGGAGCUUGCUGGAUCAGGCCAAUGGCCCAUCCAGUCCAGCACCCUAUUCUCUCAGUGGCUAACCAGUUGCCUCUGUGGGAAGCCCACAAGCAAGACCUGGGUGCAGCACCUCUUUCCCCAAUUGCAUUUUCUAGCACCUGCCAUUAUUGCCUCUAAUGGUGGAGGUAGCACAGACCCCUUGUGACUUGUAGCCAUUGAUAGCCUUAUUCUCCUCUGUGAAUAUGUCUAAAUCACCUUUAAAGCCAUUGGUGUUGGUGGCCAUCACUAGUUCUUAUGGGAGCAAAUUGACAUAGGUAGACUCUGCUGUGAAAGACUGUUAAAAUAUGGACCCCAGUACUCCUGCUGCGGGUGAUCUAGACAUAAUUCACAGAGCAGAAUAAGGCUAUCAAUGGCUACAAGGGGUGUGUGCUACCUCCACUAUUAGAGGCAGUAGUGAGCACAGUAUAGAGGUGAAACACUUCCUUUUUUUAUACAUAUGCUGUGAUCCUGUUACUGCAGCCUCAGCUUUCAUUAACAUUUCUGAAAGACUUUUCACGUGUACCACUGCCACGUCAGGACUCCCUCAUCCAGCUUAUAGUUGUGACUUUGGUGCUGAAACACAAGGCUACCUUUUAUCUUUGGAAUUUCAUCUCAGUUUCAGCACAGCUUUCCAACAUGCCAUGUUCAUUUUCAUUCUUGAUUUCAUCUUUGGUGGUUCCCCUCAUAGCUUUGUGUCAUUUGAAGAUUUGAUGAGCUCGCGUAUGCCCCUGCCACCACAAAUUUAUAAAUACAGUACAUUUACCAGCUUGGGACCUAGGCCAGAGCCCUGUGGCGUUCCAGAAGAGACAGCUCUCCAGGUGGAUGUAAGCCAUUAAUGGGUACUCGUGCUGUUGUUCAACAGCUACCUAACAGUAGCAUCAUCCUGCCCAUAUUUUAACCAUUGGUCAAAAAUAUGAGAGAAUUUAUCAUAUGCUCUUCUGCAACCAAUUUAUACUGUCUACCACAUUUCCAUGAACUACUAAGUUAGUAGCUAAGAUAAAAAUGAUUUGGCAUGUCUUGUCCUUCAGAGACCCUCACUGGUUUAGUAAUAAAACUUCAUUUCCCAUGCUUUGAAGGGGCAGGUAUACUUUUUUUCUCCCAUAUCAGUUUUGUUCUAACAGUCAGGUUAUAUUGGGUCCUGGGUGUAUGAAAUUCAGGGUUCCACUCACCCUUAACAUUUCAACACCACCAUGAGCAAUUCAACCAAGGCUGUUGGCUGUUUGUUGGCCCAAACAUCAAUAACGCUUCAGAACAUACUGGGGUAUCUGUUAAAGUUGGUUGCUUAAGGAUAUUCACUUAAAUGGGGCUUCUUAAAAGUGGCAUCCCAUUAUGCGGAGUACAGCCCUCUUUCAACAACAACUCUCAGGUUCAGUGUUUUGGAUUUGGUUCCUCCCUAUCUGAGAUGCUCAGCAUGUUAACAGUUUUUCAUUUAGCUGAGCCUUUUAAUUUCCCCAUUAAGGAAUCUCAGCUCUGCAUGCUGCCUUGAUUAAGGAGAAGGAAAUUGCCAUUUAUAGACUACCAUUUAUGUUGACUUUAAAACUUGGGUAUUUUGAGCAGUACUGGAUAACUGCAUCUCUCUCAAGCUGACGGUCCUUAGAUUCAUGGAACAAUGCCUCCUCUGACCACUUCAAGGGCCACCACAUUCUCUAUAUGGCAAGAAGAGAUCCAUUAGAAUUGGACUUCCCUGCAGGCAGAGUGUUCGGUGGGCUGGAGAGGAGCUGGCUUAUUCCGACAGGCUCCCCCAUGUGCAGGAAGGCAGGGAAGAGGCUGCUUAGUAGGUGUGAGUUUACAGGUUCAUCUCUUCUCCUUGCCCCAGCUUUCUAAUUGCACAGGGUACUUGGCUAUUCCUCUGUACUUAAUGAUGGGAAAUGGGCCUCCUUUGGGGAACCCAAACUGCUUAGGCAGUGAAAAUGUAUAGCACUUGAUAGCUGUGGUUGCAAGCAUCUCUGCUGUGACAGAGCUACACAUAGACAAUUGUUAACUUUACAGCUCAUAAGCUCAUCUGUAUUAUUGCAAUGGGCCUAUAAACACACAAAACUUCUCAAAUACUUAAAAUACACCGAAUUUCCAGAUUUCUAUGGAAAGAUCAUUACUGCUCCAGAUGUUUUAGACUACAGCUCAGUCCUGCCCUGGGCCAUCUCGCAACACCACAGUAUCCAUUGUAACCAAGGAACUAAACAUCAGAAAAACAGCAGCCACAGAUGUCAGGACACCAGAAUCUGAAAGAGUCAGUCUGGGUGAACAGAGCGGUCAGCCUUCCCCAGCCAGGCACCCUCCACCUGAGGAACCUCCCUUACACUGAGUCAGACAGUUGGUUCAUCCAGCUCAUUACUGUCUGCAGAGACGGGCAGCAGUUCUCUUAAGGUUUCAAAGGGGAUUUUCCCACCCGUACCUAGAGAUGCCAAGGAAUUGACCUGGGACCUUCUGCACACAAAGCGGGUGCUCAUUGAGCUGAGAUCCUAGUCCUCAUGGUUUUGAACAAAGGCCUGAUUUAAACAGCAAAAACAUCGUUGGCCCAUGUAGCUCAUUACUGUCCACUGACUAGUGGUGGCUGUCCAGGUUUUCAGGCAGGGACAUUCCCUGCCCUAUCUGCAGAUGCCACUAGCAGAGAUCCAACCUGGGGCUGUCUGCGUGUAAAGUGGAUGCUCUGCCACUCUGGGCUCCUGUUUUCCUGCAGCCAAACUCAACUUUCUUCGGAUUUCCUUC